GGCGUCAAGUGUCAGUAGUCGCGGGGCAGGUACGCGCGCUUGCAGCUUGCUCGCGGAGACCGGCGGUGGCGGGAGCGGGCUUCGGCGAGUGAGAGAGCGCGGUGGGGCGGGGCGGGAGAAAGUGGCCGCCCGGAGGACGUUGGCGUUUACGCGUGGCGGAGCGGAAGAGUUUUGCUUUUCGUGCGCGCCUUCGAAAACCGCGCCUGCUGUUGGCUGAGGGGGUCCGCCCGGAGCCUCCCCUUCUCCGCCCGCGGCCCCGCGCCGAGCUCGCCGGCCCUAAAUCAGCGUGGGCGAGGUGGGAAGCGCGCCCGACCCGCGUCCCGCGCCCGGAGCCGCCCCCUGAGUGCCAAUGGCCACGCGGGUGCUGACUAUGAGCGCCCGCCUGGGACCCGUGCCUCAGCCGCCGGCCCCGCAGGACGAGCCAGUGUUCGCGCAGCUCAAGCCCGUCCUGGGCGCCGCGAACCCGGCCCGCGACGCGGCGCUCUUCCCCGGCGAGGAGCGGUAGGAAGAGCCGCUCCCCUCCCUCCGCCCCGCUCCCGGAGCUCGGGCGUGUCCCGCCGCUGCGACGCGCGGGCGACAGGGGCCGCUCCAGGCUGGGGCGUGCGUCGGGGCGCUCCGAGAGCCGGAGCUGGGUGGGCAGCCCCUCCCCGCCCUGCCUUUCUGGCCUGGGCACCCGCAGUACGCAGGGAGAAAGGGGGACCGGAAAAGGGGGGGGUCCCAGAUUAAUCUCCUCAGGCGGGUUCGUCCGGGAAAGACAAGAUGUGAAAUGGAGAAGUAUCUGACACCUCAGCUUCCUCCAGUUUCUAUAAUUCCAGAGCAUAAAAAGUAUAGACGAGACAGUGCCUCAGUCGUAGACCAGUUCUUCACUGACAGUGAAGGGUUACCUUACAGUAUCAACAUGAACGUCUUCCUCCCUGACAUCACUCACCUGAGAACUGGCCUCUACAAAUCCCAGAGACCGUGCGUAACACACAUCAAGACAGAACCUGUUACCAUUUUCAGCCACCAGAGUGAAACGACCGCCCCUCCUCCGGCCCCGACCCAGGCCCUCCCUGAGUUCACCAGUAUAUUCAGCUCACACCAGACCGCAGCUCCAGAGGUGAAUAAUAUUUUCAUCAAACAAGAACUUCCUACACCAGAUCUUCAUCUUUCUGUCCCUCCCCAGCAGGGCCACCUGUACCAGCUACUGAAUACACCGGAUCUAGAUAUGCCCAGUUCUACAAACCAGACAGCAGUAAUGGACACUCUUAAUGUUUCUAUGUCAGCCGCCAUGGCAGGCCUUAACACACACACCUCUGCUGUUCCACAGACUGCAAUGAAACAGUUCCAGGGCAUGCCCCCUUGCACAUACACAAUGCCAAGUCAGUUUCUGCCACAGCAGCAGGCCACUUACUUUCCCCCGUCACCACCAAGCUCAGAGCCGGGAAGUCCAGAUAGACAAGCAGAGAUGCUCCAGAAUUUGACCCCACCUCCAUCCUAUGCUGCUACAAUUGCUUCUAAACUGGCAAUUCACAAUCCAAAUUUACCUGCCACCCUGCCAGUUAAUUCACAAAGCAUCCAGCCUGUCAGAUACAAUAGAAGAAGUAACCCCGAUUUGGAGAAACGACGCAUCCACUACUGCGAUUACCCUGGCUGCACAAAAGUUUAUACAAAGUCGUCUCAUUUAAAAGCUCACCUGAGGACUCAUACUGGUGAGAAGCCGUACAAGUGCACCUGGGAGGGCUGUGACUGGAGGUUCGCGCGCUCGGACGAGCUGACCCGCCACUACCGCAAGCACACCGGGGCCAAGCCGUUCCAGUGCGGGGUGUGCAACCGCAGCUUCUCCCGCUCCGACCACCUGGCCCUGCACAUGAAGAGGCACCAGAACUGAGCGCCCCGCUGCGGCCCGCCGUGCCGAUGCAGCUCACACUGACCUUCUGCAGUUCCUUUGGCAAAGUUUUAAACUACAAACUUAACCUAUAUAUAAAGAAAAAAGAAAAAAAACUGGAAAUGUAUAUUUUGUAUAUUUGAGAAAACAGGGAAUACAUUGUAUGAAUACCAAAGUGUUUGGUCCUUUUAAGAAUCUGGAAUGCUUGCUGUAAUGUAUAUGGCUUUACUCAAGCAGAUUUCAUCUCCUGACAGGCAGCCACAUCUCAGUGUGGGUAGGGGGGUGGGGGUGCAGGGUGUGUUUGCAGUGUUUUUACCUAAGCACCAUCAUUUAACGUGACAGUGUUUAGUAAACAAGUCAGUUGGCAGGCACAGGAAGAAGGCUGGAUUGUAUGUCAAGAUUUUAUUUGACAUCGAGUAGUUUUUUUGUUUCCAAUAUUAGAUAAUUCCUUAGAGGUGCGCAGUGUACUUGGCAGUUCACAAAUAGCCAUUGAACAAACGUGUUUUUUUGUUUUUAUAUGAGUUGCCUAUAUUUGCUAUUCAAAAUUUUGUAAAUAUGCAAAUCAGCUUUAUAGGUUUAUUACAAGUUUUCUAAGAUUCUUUUGGGGGAAAAUCGUAAAUAAUUCUGUUUGAAAAUAACCAUGAAUACACUUACAGUUAGAAUUUGUGGUGAAAUACCUCUUCAAACCUCACCAAAUUCAUUUCUUUAGGAGGAAGAAAUCAUCCUUCAAAUGAACUUAAAAAGCAGAUUCCAUGCACUGAUGAAAAUAGGAUUAAGUAUGAAAGAUGUUUUAUAUGAAUUGUGAACUCAAGAGCUUAAAGAUACCAUACGUAAAAUUUAAACAUCUAAUAAUAAGCUAAGCAGUAUCAUUUUAAAGGACGACUUGUAGCUCUCACAUGGCAAUGUUGAAUUUAUGAUGCAGUUUCCACACACCGAAAUGUUUGCUCGUGCAGUACUGUUGGUUAAAUGACAAUUUAUAUGGAUUUUGCAUGUAAUACACAGUGAGACACAGUAAUUUUACCUAAAUUACAGUGCAGUUUAGUUAAUCAUUGUUAAUACUGACUCAGUGUCUGCCUUUAAUUAAAAAUGACAUGUUGAAAGCUUAAGGAAGUGCUACAUAUAUGCAAUAUAAUAGUAAUGUGAUGCUGAUGCUGUUAACCAAAGGGCAGAAUAAAUAAGCAAAAUGCCAAAAGGGGUCUUAAUUGAAAAUGAAAAUUUAAUUUUGUUUUUAAAAUAUUGUUUAUCUUUAUUUAUUUUGUGGUAAUAUAGUAAGUUUUUUUAGAAAAUUUUCAUAACUUGAUAAAUUAUAGUUUUGUUUGUUAGAAAAGUUGCUCUUAAAAACGUGUAAAUAGAUGACAAACGGUGUAAAUAUUUUGUAAGGGUUCAAAAUGUUUAUACGUGGAAACAUGCCUACAUACAAAGCAUAACUUGGUUGCUGUUUUGCUUCUUUUCCCCUCUUAUUUUUGUAUUGUGGUCAUUUCCUAUGCAAAUAAUGGAGCAAACAGCUGUAUAGUUGUAGAAUUUUUUGAGAGAAUGAGAUGUUUAUAUAUUAACGACAAUUUUUUUUGGAAAAUAAAAAGUGCCUAAAAGAGUCAUGUUUUGCCUGCCUUCUUACCUACAAUAGCAAAAACAGCAAAUUAGAUUCCCAAAACUAUUUAAAAGGGUCUGUCUUAUCGGGGCAGUUAAUUAAAAAAAAUUCCCACACUGAACCAAAGCUACCUUUGUUUAAAACAAAAAAAAAAGGGUUGGUUUUAGAAAUAUGAUUACAAGUAUAAAGAAAGAUAUAUAUAGUUCAUGAAUGCUGAUUUUUUUUUUCCUUGGUCACUACACAGACACACUGCAUUAACCUUUCAAGAUCAGCUGAAAACUGCAGAGGUAACUUGCAUAUGCUAGGUUUGUUUUUUCUUAACUUUUUUCUUUUUUUAAGAUUUUAUUUGAGGGAGGGAAGGAGCAAGGGGGUGGGGGAGAGGGAGAACCAGACUCCCCACUGAGUAGGAAGCCCGGACCUGAAGGGAAGGCAGAAUGCAGAUGCUCCACUGAGCCACCCAGGUCCCUGCAUAUGCUAGUUUUUUGUCCGAGGUCAAUAAAAUGAAUUGGGCUUUUAACCUUUUUUUUUUUUUUUUUUCCUUUUUAGAAGAGAGAUCACAAAGUCAUUUAAUCCAGUAGCAACAAGCACAGCUAGGGCUUGGUUUUUAACACCAUUUUCCAAUAAAAAGAAUGGGGCUCUUUAGAAAAAUGGCUGAUCCUAGGACUGGGUUAGGAAAUAGACAAAAUAAGCCUGGAGUGUCUGACAGCACCAGAAAGUAAGUCAUUCAAAUCCCGCAAUGAUAGAGGUAUGUCAGAGCAACAAUAAAAAGUAGGAAUGAGUUACAGCCCAGAGUAUAAAACUGCCGUGAUUCCAUACUGAAAUAACUGAUUGAAUAAAUAGACAAAUCUGCAGAAUUCCAAACGGCUUUUGCAGACGCUUUGCCCUGAGCGGUAGAAUCUAACUCCCCACUAAAUGUGUGUUGCCCAGAAGGCAGUAUGGCCAAGAGGGGAGGGGAGGGAACUAUGGUGCAGAAACCCACCCAACAGCCUCAGCCAGGUGGUCAGGGUCCACAUCGACAGUGGCAAGUCAUGUUGAUUGUUCAUACCCUUGAUUUGAUGUACUUUGCCUCCGCCGUCUUCCUCCUAGAAACACUAACCCCAGUCCAGUCUUGACAAAGCACAAUUGAGGGACAUUCUACAAAAUACCAAUGCUCAAAACUGUCAAGGUCUUGGAAACCAAGAAAAUGUGAGAAACCUGUCACAACCAAAAGAAGCCUGAGGAGACCCUACUAAGUAUUAUGUCAACUAACUGGGAUUCUGGAACAAAGGACAUCAGGGAAAAACUGAGGAAAUCUGUAUAAAGUAUAGAAUUUAGUUAAUGUAUCAACAACAUUGUUUGAUUAUGACAAAAUGUGUCCUACUAAUGGAAGAUGUUAAUAAGGGAACCUGGUGGUGGGGUUUACGGGAAUUCUGUAUUACCUUUGCAUUCUAUAAAACGAAUAAAACAUUUUCAGAAAA